AUGAGAAGCAGUCUUUCUUUUAUUAGAAGGAUACAUAUAAAUCGUAUAUAUGGUUUUCGCUGUGAAAAUAUGGUUGAAAUUGGCCCAGGAGAUAGAAUACCAAAGGAAAAGUUAAUGGAAAAAGAUUUAUCAGAUCUUGUUGACCUGAGUGAUAUUCUUCCGAAAAAAGCUAUCAUUAUUGGGGUUCCUGGGGCUUUUAGUCCUACAUGUUCUAUGACUCAUUUACCCGGUUUUUUCUCUAAAAUAAAUAAAUUUGAAGAAAAAGGCGUUGGUUUGAUGGCUUGUAUUUCAGUAAAUGAUGUUUUUGUUAUGAAUGCUUGGAAAAGUUCGUUUUCUAUAAAAUCUCCUUUAGUUCGUUUUUUUGCUGAUCCAAGUGCACAAUGGACAAAAGCUGCCAAUUUAUCUUUUGAUGCUACAAAAAUAUUUGGCAAUUAUAGGAGUAAACGUUAUGUUCUUUUUCUAGAAGAUGGACUUGUUAAAAAGGCCUUUAUUGAACCUAAUUUUGUCGGCUUGGUAGAAAGUACUGCGGAAAAAGUUCUUCAUUCUAUAUGA